UGCGUUUUUCGAAAUACCUUAUUAAAUGCACUGCCGUAAUUCCAGUGUGGCCAGCUAGUAAGCCAGCUAAACGUCUUUUUCCCAAGCGUGUGGUCUCAUUUUGCCCUAGCAAGCUAACUAGCUGCAAGGUCAAUUUGCAAGCGCGAGCUAGCACUCAUACUAACCGUGGUGCGUGAAUAUUUAGCUAGGUUUAGCCGCUGGUUAGCUGGCUAGCCGGACCGCUAUCUUCAGCUGUUUGUUGAUGUUACUGCGUUUGCUCCGGUUUAUUUUUCGUCUUUACUUUUGGUUGUGCAGUGCUAUCUAUUAGGUCGUUUCUAUUGUUAUUAUUUCUCAAUGUAGCUUAUUUCCAAGCAACAAGCAAAUGUUACGCGUGUGCGUAAAUAGCGUUGCUUAGCAUUAGCUCUCUGUGUUGUCUCACCUAGUCUUCCCCCGAAAAGGAGAUUGACAGGGCAUUCACAAAAUGCUGUUUUUAUUGUCUGCUUGCUAGGUCAUUAACAAUCGCAAUGCAGGAAGGUAUUCGUAUUACUGCUGGCCAGCAGUUAUCUGAUGAUGGGACGUUGGAGGUCAGGCGACAGGCAGAAGCAGUCGUGAUACCACUUUGAUGUCUUUCUUUGUGAGAGGCUAGCAGUGUAACAGGAUGCCUCAUGGGAAUGACUCCUGCAUGAAGGGACAUGAAACGGCCAGUUAUAUCUCCUGCUUGAUUCACCUGUGGGAGGAGUGGGUUGGACUGGGAAGUUUGGAAGAUUACUUCAGCUACCUUGAUUACUUGGUUUGGGUUUUCACCCCCUUAGCUGUUGUCUUCAUCCUGCCCUUCGUUAUUGUCCUGUUCCUGUACCUUUCCAUCCUAUUCCUCCAUGUCUACAAGCGCAAGAAUGAACUCAAAGAGGCAUAUUCCAACAACUUGUGGGACUGUGCAAGAAAAACACUGGCCACUCUGUGGGAUGGACAUGCGACUAUAUGGCAUGGUUAUGAAAUACAUGGUUUGGAGAAGAUACCGGACAAAGGCCCGGCCCUUAUUGUUUAUUAUCACGGAGCUAUUCCAAUAGACUAUUAUUACUUUCUGGCCAAUGUCAUCAUUCAGAAGGGGAGAACCUGCCACUCUGUUGCCGACCACAUACUCUUCAAGAUUCCUGGGUUCAAGCUGCUGCUGGAGGUGUUCAGCGUGAUGCACGGGCCCCAGGAGGAGUGUGUGAAGGCCCUGCAGAACGGCCACCUCCUGGGCAUCUCUCCGGGAGGGGUACGGGAGGCCCUGUUUAGCGAUGAGACUUACCCUCUUCUGUGGGGCAAGCGCAAGGGAUUUGCUCAAGUGGCUAUCGAUUCCAAAGUGCCCAUAAUUCCUAUGUUUACACAAAAUGUCAGAGAAGGAUUUCGUUCUCUUGGAACUCUAAGUUUUUUCAAAUGGGUGUAUGAAAGAUUUCGAUUGCCAAUUGCACCAGUAUAUGGAGGUUUUCCUGUGAAGUUUCGCACAUACUUGGGUGAUCCAAUUCCAUAUGAUCCUAAUGUAACUGCAACUGAGUUAGCAGAAAAGGCACAGCAAGCAGUGCAGUCUCUUAUUGACAGACACCAAAAAAUACCUGGAAAUGUUCUUCGGGCCCUUUUAGAAAGAUUUCCCAGAAGACGCAAAGAAGAAUAAAUAUGUUUUCCCUUCCUGUUUUAUGGUGAAGGCUCAUGCGGCUUACUUUACUGUGUUAUGUGGGUAAAGUGAUGGUAUUAUGAGAAGCAGAGUAUUAUCAGAACAGUUUUUUUUUGUUGUUUUUGUUGUUCUCCAGAUCAAAGCUAACGUCCAGUGGGUCUUUAUAUCAUGUGUACACUUUCAAAAAAGUUUUAAAUUUGGGUGACUGGACCCAGCAAUGCAUUUGCUGAAAAAUUUUGUAUCAUUUGUAGUGGAGUGAUGUCAAUUAAGUACUUGUGGAUAUAUACAUAUUUAUGUGGAUAUAUACAUAUUUAUAUAUAUAUUUGACUGUCUAUGCUUUCUAAAUAAUGUUAAUGCUAACGAAGAACCUCUACUCAUACAGUCAGAUUUGUUUAAAAGGAGGCCAUGUUAAGGUUGGCCCACAGGAGCUGUGUGUGUCUGUCACACAGGCUAUAUUUCAUAUUUGGUGCGCUAGCCUAGCAUUGUAUACAGGUAUGCCCCCUGGACAGGUUGGCUCUUCAGAGUGCUUCUGCUUGACUCACUGAUUAAAUCCAUUGUCCGGUGGUUUGGGUAGACAUUAUCCAGAGGCUACUGAACCUGUUCAGAACAAAACUGCCAAAGUUUUUUAGUUUGUCAUUACAUCAGAUAUCUACUGCCGUGUAAUUGCAUCAAAAUUUCUGUGUUCAAAUUGGUGUGUAUUGCAAAUGGUAAAUGAAAAAGGAAAAACCCCAGCAGACCCACCAACACAGUAGACUGAAGAGUGCAUACCAUUUUGAGACAUUACAUAUUUUUUAUGCAAGUCAGUUUCCAACGUCUUCAGAUUUCCACUGCCAGGAUUUUGGGGAAAUUUAAUACCUUUCCAACUGUGCUGGCAGAAUGUCCACUGGAGUCUUUUUUUUUAGCAGGUAUAGCCUUUUUUUUAAAGGUGAUUAAAAAAAAAUAGUGAAUCUCGAUUUGCUGGGUCCGAUUCAAUAUGUGACGUGUUGAUCUAGAUAUGGUAAGAAGAAAUGUAAUCUCUACAUACCAUUAGGAUUUGUCUUGUAUUCUGGCACCCUCACGACCACUGGGUCUUAACCAUGGUGCUGUGCCUUUCUACGCUGUUCAGAUCAGUCUCAAAAUAGUUUUGUACUACACACUGCAUCUUCAGUAAGCCUUGUAAGAGUUGGUGUAAUAUGUCCAUAUUACCAUGUUGUGUAAUAGAAUAUGGGUUUUGCAGUGAAAGCCUGUCUGUGACAGUGUCUCUGUAGGAAUGCCUUGUCUUUUCAAUAACCCCAUUCAUCUUUCGGACACUUUGUGUUCUCUGUUGUGCACAAACAAAACAGAGCUGGGAAUCAUUUGAGUGUCUUGGAGUCUCACAGGUCAGUAUACUGCUGUAUGAUUACAGAGUAUAACAAAUUGUAUUUGAAAUAUCAUGAAAUUCUGUAGUUGAUCAAAUGUAAAAAAGAGCUAUUUUCACAUUGAUUCUUGCACUUGUCUAUAUUUUAUUGAAAAACUGUGUGUAUAAAAUAUUACAUUUUAGUGUAAAUGUUUCUUUCCAUCAUCGCCUCGUGCAGUAUGUUUUUUAAUGAAUGAUUUGAAAAAAAAUUCAGGUUGAAACAAAGAAAUACAUAGAAUUUUUUUUUUUUAAAGAAACAAACUUCCAAAAUGACUUAUGUUCCUUCUUUUUUAAUUAGCCAGAUACAUAUUUUCAAGUUGUAGGGGUCUUCAGAUGUUGUUUAAUGAUACCCAUCCUGCACACAUCCUGUCUGAGUCACACUAAACUUUAAUAUAUAAUACUUAAAAUGUAAAAACGGUGGAAAAUGAAGAAUUUCGUAUUCAUCAGAGAUGCUAUGCUUAUAAAUAUGCUCUUUAAAAUGGGUUCAUUGGCAAAAUAAUUAGUAAAACCUUAAAAAUGUCUGUACAGAAAAUAAAUGUAUUUCUGAUUUCCUUGUA